UCCCUGCCCCUGCUGCUGACGUCACGAGCCAGCUCUGUCCAGCAGAACGCGCCUCUAUCACUGCCGAGGUUCGCGAGCGCGGAGGAGGAGCUGUCAAAGUUUACAGCCAAGCCGAGAGAGUUUUCUCAAGAAGACGAGAAGGCGAGAUCUUUGAACAUUUAAAAACCCCUGAAAGAAGAGCCCCUCUAACUAUGGAGUGAAGUCUGAGAGGUUUUAAACAUAAGAAAUGGCAGGACCAACCGAGAUCGGAUUGUUUUUUACCUUACUGCUCUCAUGGAGCUUCUGCGCGACGCCGGAAAAGAAAGUGUGUCAGGGAGCGAACAACAAACUGACUCUUCUGGGAACAGUGGAUGACCAUUAUCAGAUUCUGGUAAAAAUGUACAGCAACUGCACCGUCGUUCUGGAAAACCUGGAAAUCACAUACGUGACUGAAAAACAUGACUUGUCCUUUCUCAGGAGCAUCCAAGAAGUUGGUGGCUAUGUUCUUAUUGGGAUCAACACGGCUCCUAGAAUCCCUCUUGAGAAUCUGCGCAUCAUCCGUGGCCACUCUCUUUAUAAUUUUAAAUAUGCUUUAGCUGUCCUCCUGAACUACAACGACAGCAUCGGACAAGGCGUGAACCAGUUGCCACUGACUAGCUUAACUGAAAUACUGAAGGGUGGAAUAAGAUUUUCCAGUAACAAUCAUUUAUGUAACGUGGAGACCAUCCAGUGGACUGACAUUCUGAACAUAAAGAGCCAGCCUACAAACAUAGAGCUAGAACCAAGCACAGCAGAACGUUGUAAGAAGUGUGACCGGAGCUGUUACAAUGGUUCCUGUUGGGGCCCUGGUCCCCAAAACUGCCAAAAAAUGACUAAGGUGAUCUGUGCGGAGCAAUGUUCAGGGAGGUGUAAGGGGCCCAAACCCAUUGACUGCUGUAACGAACAUUGUGCUGCUGGCUGCACUGGACCCAAACCCACCGACUGCCUGGCCUGUAAGGACUUCCAGGAUGAGAGGACAUGUAAGGACGCAUGUCCACGGCUCAUGCUCUACGACCCCAACACCCACCAGCUCGCUCCCAACCCUGAUGGGAAAUACAGUUUUGGGGCAACGUGCAUCAAGAUAUGCCCACACAACUAUGUCGUGACAGACCAUGGGGCAUGUGUAAGAACAUGCAGCCCUGGCACCUAUGAGGUGGAUGAGGGUGGAGUUCGGAAAUGUAAGAAGUGUGAUGGCCUGUGUCCAAAAGUUUGCAAUGGGCUGGGAAUGGGGCCUCUGGCCAACGUCCUGUCAAUCAAUGCCAGCAACAUUGAUUCCUUUGAGAACUGCACAAAAAUCAGCGGAGGUGUUGCGAUUCUCACCACGACAUUUAAUGGUGACCAGCAUACUAAAACUCCAGGACUGGACCCGGCCAAGCUCAACAUAUUCAAAACUGUAAAAGAAAUCACUGGCUACCUGGUGAUUCAGCAGUGGCCAAAAGACAUGCCAUCCCUCGGUGCCUUUGAAAACCUUGAGGUCAUCCGUGGACGUACAAAACAGCAAGGUGCCUUCAGCUUUGCUGUCACCCUAACUGAAAUCACACAUUUCGGCCUGCGUUCUCUGAGGGAGAUCAGUGACGGUGAUGUGGUCAUCGCUCAGAAUAAGGAUCUCUGCUACACCAGCCCUGAACACUGGAAACGCCUCUUCAAAUCUAAACAACAGAUUGCCAAAAUGUUAGGAAAUGCUGAUGCUGGCACCUGCGCAAAUCAGAACAGCACGUGUGAUGAGAUGUGCACAAAUGAUGGCUGCUGGGGUCCUGGUCCCACUAUGUGCUUCACUUGUAAGCAUUACACCCGUAAAAAACACUGUGUGGCUUCCUGCAACCUGCUGGCUGGUGAACCACGUGAAUAUGAGGUCAAUAAAACGUGUGCCGAUUGCGACCCUGAAUGUCUGCUCAUGAAUGAAACCCUGACCUGCACCGGCCCUGGACCCGACAAAUGUACAGUUUGUGCAAACUACAAAGAUGGGCCGCACUGUGUAACACGCUGCCCACAAGGCAUACCUGGAGAGAAGGACGUACUAAUUUGGAAAUAUGCUGACGCGAUGCGAGAGUGCCAGCCCUGUCAUGAGAACUGCACCCAGGGAUGUACUGGGCCUGAUCUGAAAGACUGCAAAGAUUUCAAAGGUUCGGGUUUGCCCAUGAUUGCCGCUGGUGUGGUUGGAGGUCUGCUGGCGUUUGUUAUCCUGGGUCUAGGAGUUGCUGUUUUUCUGCGCAGACGGCACAUCAAGAGGAAGAGAACUUUACGCCGACUCCUGCAAGAAAGAGAGCUAGUGGAGCCUCUGACCCCCAGCGGCGAAGCCCCCAACCAGGCCUUGCUGCGCAUCCUCAAAGAGACAGAGUUCAAGAAAAUCAAAGUGCUUGGGUCCGGAGCUUUCGGCACUGUGUAUAAGGGCUUGUGGGUUCCAGAGGGAGAGAGUGUGAAGAUCCCUGUUGCCAUUAAGGUCUUACGAGAAGCCACGUCUCCCAAAGCGAACCAGGAGAUCUUGGAUGAGGCCUAUGUGAUGGCGAGCGUUGAGCAUCCUCAUGUGUGUCGUCUGCUCGGCAUCUGCUUGACCUCCACCGUCCAACUUAUCUCUCAGUUGAUGCCCUACGGCUGUUUGCUGGACUACGUCAGAGAAAACAAGGACAACAUCGGCUCUCAACACCUGCUCAACUGGUGUGUGCAGAUUGCUAAGGGCAUGAAUUACCUGGAAGAGCGCCAUCUUGUGCACAGAGACUUGGCUGCUCGUAAUGUGUUGGUAAAGACCCCUCAACAUGUGAAGAUCACUGAUUUUGGCCUGGCCAAGCUGUUGAAUGCCGAUGAGAAGGAGUAUCACGCAGAUGGUGGAAAGGUGCCAAUAAAAUGGAUGGCGCUGGAAUCCAUCCUGCACAGGACAUACACCCACCAGAGUGACGUCUGGAGUUAUGGUGUGACAGUCUGGGAACUGAUGACAUUUGGAACAAAACCCUAUGAUGGGAUUCCUGCAAGUGAAAUUGCUGAAGUUCUAGAGAAAGGAGAAAGACUUCCUCAACCUCCUAUCUGCACCAUUGACGUGUACAUGAUAAUGGUCAAAUGUUGGAUGAUCGAUGCAGAGAGCAGACCUCGCUUUAGGGAGCUCAUCGCUGAGUUUACUAAAAUGGCACGUGACCCGCCCCGCUAUCUCGUCAUUCAGGGUGAUGAUCGGAUGCAUUUACCCAGUCCUUCUGACUCCAAGUUCUACCGCAGUCUGAUGAGUGGAGAGCUGGAUGAAGCUGUGGAUGCAGACAAGUAUUUAGUGCCCAAUCACAGCUUCUUCAGCAGCCCCAGCACCUCCCGCACACAGCUGCUCCAUUCUGUGAGUCUCAACAGCAGCAUUGGGAACUGUCAUAGCAGAAACGGGAAUGGUUUCCCUGGAAGGGAGAACAGCAUGGUUCUGCGUUACAUCCCAGAUCCGACAGAACGCUUCCACGAGGGAGACUUCCAGCCCGCUCCAGGUUGGAAUGAAUAUAUCAACCAGAAUGAAUCAUUGAUGUCCAGCAUGACCAACCCAAUAUACCAACAUCCCGGACCCCCCCGCACACUUCCGCACUCUUCAUCAGCGCUGGACGAAACUGAGGAAGAGUAUCUGAACUGCUUUAAGAGCCCCACUGCUGCCGCCCCACCUGAGUAUCUGAACACGUCCCACAUGCAGCUCCUCUCCAAACAGCCGUUCUUCAGCGUACAGGGCUUCAACCCCCAGAACAGCAUGGACAACCCAGACUACCAGCAGGACUUCUGCCCCCUGGAGCUCAAAACACACACCAACGGCCACUUGCCGGCUGCGGAAAAUGCAGAAUACAUGGGGCUGGAAGUGCACUAGCACAUUAUGGAGACAAGUAACUGUUAAAAUGAGCCACUUUACAGUAGAUAAAGAUGGAAGGACAUCUAUUUAUAGCGGAUACGCAGGCAAACAUUUUGCCGAGUUGUCAGACAGGUAUGCCUGCCGUCAAGGACAGAACGAGCUUUUCAUAACCUGGGCUACCUUUCAAAUAUGCUUGUUUUGUUCUGAGCUAGACUUGGUUGGAUCGAACAACUGUGGCUAUGAAUGACAACAGGAUAUGAAUCCCACGUCGAUGCCGGUGGAAACAUGCUGGUGUGCUGAAAUGGCAUAUCAUGAAACAAGCUUGUUGACACACAUGUAAAGACUGCUUUUAAGUAACCUGGUUUCAGUCAUGUUAAUAAUGUUUUAAAUGAGCAAACAAGUUACACCAUUGUACUGCUCAAUAAUGUCUGUAAUCAUGAAACUUUUAAAGAUAUAGUCACACCAAAGUAUUUGGACACUUAAGUCACUUUUAAAAAUCCACUGCAUCAGAUACGAAGUAUUAAAGUAAGUGGCAUCUUUCAAAACUUUUUAAAGAAGAAGAAUUUGUAUUUUUACUCAGCAAAGUUUAAAUUCAUCAAAAGUGACAGUUAAGACUAAAAAAAUUGAACUUUCAUUAAAAAAAAAAAAAAAAACAUUUUCAGCAUUAAUUAAAAUAAUGUAAAAUAAUAAUAAGAUAUGUUUCUUAAUAACCAGAUUAGCAUAUUAGAAUGAUUUAUGAAGGAUCAUGUGACACUGAAGACUGGAGUAAUGACUGCUAAAAACUUUGUCAUCACAGGAAUCAAUUAGAUUUUAAAAUACAUUCAAAUAGAUAUUUGAAAUUAUAACAAUAUUUUACUAUAUUACUGUAUUUUUCAUCAAAUAAGUGCAGCUUUGGUGAGCAUAUUACAGAUCCCAAACAUUUGAAAGGUUGUGUAUCUACUACUUCAUACUUCAAAAACCUAAUAAACAUGUGUUUGCGAUAUAUUUAUGACCAUUAAAUGCCCUUUGUUUUAAUAUUGUGUUGUAUAGGCUAAUGCAAAGCCAUUAUACAUCUUUAAUCAAGUGUCUCAAGUGUCCAAAUAUUUUCGGAAACACUAAGUAAGCUGAACUCAGAGGUUGUUUAAUUCCUCUCUGCUGUGAAUGAAAGUCAAAUUUGAGAUUUAACUGCUAUGUUUCUGCUGGAAAUGUUGGCUGUGUGGACAGGACUGUGACGAUGAUCUGUGUAUGGAUAGGUUCAGCUUCGUCCGAAGGCCAACAUAUGACUGGUACUUGUACAGAACUGUAAUAUAUGGCUGACAUUUGCAUUAUUGUAUCUAACAGAGUAUUUUAUCCAUUGUCAUAAAAACCACAUAUGGGGUGACUCAUAUAUUCCAUUUCUGUUUGUUUGUCCAUGUGUUUUCACCUUCCUGUACCUACUUGACUUUUGUAAUAGCAACUCAAUGAAUCUGACACGUAUCUCACAGACAGAACAUAUCUUGAUCUCUAUGAUGGCUAUGUUGCACAAAACAAAGUAAUGUGGUUGGAUAUCUUAAAUUUACUAUCCUUCUUGCUUUGAUCAUUCCUUUGAAAAUUUGCAUUUGCUCUCCAAAUAUGGUGACAAUGUUCUUUCUUGUCCUUUGUUAUAUAAGUAAAAUCAAUAAAGACUUGUUUUAUAAGA